AUGUCAACCGAAGACAUAAACUCAAUAAAGAAGUUUCUUAAAUUUCAGAAGAUGCAUAAGAGUCUACCCUCUUCAAUUCCAAUUCAAAUGGGCUUAGAUUCAAAAGCUUAUAAGUUGAUUGUGUCUAGAAUUGGCGGACUCAGACGUCCUUAGAAUCCGGUGCUCAAUUUACAAUUCUCAGUAGCUGCUAACUUUUUUAUUUAAAACUCACAUGGAGAAAAGUGCUUUUUUGGAAGAACAUACAAUAGUCCUCGUCUAAAUGUGGAAUUUGGACCCGAUGGAGUAAAUUAUGAACAUCCAAUCAUACCGAUCUAUUAUCACACUAGAAUUAUCAACAAUAAGGAAAUGCCUUUAUUGAUAAUUCUAGAAAUAUAGGCAUUUGAAUCUCAAUAAGAUUUAGUAUUGAAACGCAUGCAUUUGGGUUGGUGUGAACUUGCAGCAUUAACCAUUACUACCUAGUCAACAAAGCUCAAUUUUAGGAAGGGAAGUCCAAGAAUUCUGUUAUUAGGGUAAUAAGUGAACUUUGAAUCUUCUGGUAUCUCUGUAACAUGUGAUAUCGUGCAGAGUGAAGAAUUUCAAAUAAGCAUGCAUUUGGCACCAGAAAAUGCAUUAUGUGGAUUGGGGGACGAAUUACCAGGACUUAAAAAGAGCUUUGUUGCUGGGGAUUUUGAAUUAUCGCGAAGUAUGGUUGUUUUCAUGAGUAAAAUACAAGUGCUAAUACCUGAUACUAUGGAAGCAGAUAUAUACAGAUAAGUAUAGAAAUAUAGGACUUAUAAAUACAGAACUCCAGAGGACUAUAAAGGUGAUAUUUAGAUUAUAAAUAAAAGAUUGAUCGUUGCAUUUCAUAAUGGCUGGACAUUUAUAAAUACUAGAGGAACAAAUAAUUUUGUGCCUCUUGGAGAAACAAGAAUGCUGGUUAAUGAAUUUGUUGAUCAGAAACAAAUCCAAUACAAAUAAUUAGCAUAUCAUGGAGUAAUAGAUAUAAACAAUGUUUGCUCAACUGAUCAUACUGUUAAUUCGGGCAUGUUAGUAGCUUAACUAGAAUAUGAAGCUAUGUUUCUAGUAUCAAAUGUAACUAAAGAGACUAUGUAAUUGACACUUGGAUGGAUUCCUAUUUACAUUAAUAAUAAAUUUGGAGCUGACGAGAUGGUGGAAGAAGAUUUCAUUGUAGGACCAGGAAAAGCAUUAGAUGGGAGACCUCUUGUAACCUUUUAGAAUCCUGACUAGUCUAUUAAAUUGAAGGGGAGUCUUAAUCUUUCUGGCGGUGGAUUUUAAAUUCAAGAUUUAUAUAUGGGAGCAGCCUAGUAAUAACAAUAACAUCCUCAAUAGCAAGGACAUUAAUAAUUGCCUUAGUAAUCCAAUUUGAAUUCAAACUAACCAGUUUAAUAAUAGUACUAAAAUAAGUAAGAAUAAGUAAGAGGAUCAGAUAUAGACAUAAGAACAUAAGUAAAGUUGAAAGAUUUUGAAUAGCAAUUAUUGAGAUUGCAAGAGGAAAAUGAAAGAUUAAGAAGAUUAGCUAUUUAGUAAACUUCAGAUCCUUAGAAAUAAUAAGAAUACUUAUAAGCAAUUGAAAAAUUAAGAGAAGAAAAUAGAUUAUUGUAAUUUACUUAGGCUCGAUAAUUUGAAGGACUUGAGAAAUUGAUUAAAGAUUAGAAGGUUGUUGAGAGAACUGCUGCUCCUCCAGUAGUUUUGGCUGAGGCAAGGCCUUAAAAUACUGUUAUCAAACCCAUAGAUUCUUAUGCAUAUCCUGUACCUUCAGCCACUUUGAAGCCAAUAACUCGCACAGAUGUUACUGCUUUGGUUGAUGAUCCAACAUCAAUGGAUUAAGAAAACAGAUUGAUGGCACUUGAAAUGCAAGAUGAAAGGAAGGACCAAAUAAUUGUAAUAUAACCAGUGUCUAUGAAAUAAAUUUUGGGACCAUAUCCUAUUUGUAAAUCAGUUUAAAUAGGAAUUAUAUUCUAUGAUUUGCAGACUUUUAAAUCACCAUUCUUAAAUUUAGAGUACUAUAAUGAUGAAAGAAAUUUCAAAUAUAAUUUAGACAAUGGCAAUCCGUUAAGAUUGUUGUAUAAUAAUGAGGUUUUCAGUUGUAAGUUUAAUAUUGAAGCAUCUUUAUAAAGAUAUGCGAAUUUGGAUUAGGAUUUUGCAAGAUAUUUAUUCAAUAAAAACUUAAUUUUGGAUAUUUGGGAUAGUGAGAGUUUAUUUUUAUUUGGUAGUGUUAGGAUACCAUUGAGAGGCAUAAUGAGAGGAGGUAAACAAAAUGCAUAAAUAAUGGCUGAUGUUGAAAUUUUUGAUCCUCAAUCGAAGAAAGCUAAAGGGACAUUGUAGAUUGUCAUUAAAAAUAUUGGCAAAAUUGGUUAAUAAGAUAUGAGUAAAACAGUCCCUUUGGAAAACACAUAUAACGGUUUAUAGAAAAAGAAAUUAGUAUCAGAAAAGCCAGUGAAUAGACUAGAUGUUCCUGCAUAAGCCUUUGAUGGAAAUAGUAUUUAAGACAGAAUCAAAAAGAUCAAACAAUAAAAUUUAUAAGAGAUGAUUAAAAAUAAAUAGAGUUAAUAAAGAUCAUUAAAUGAAGUGUUAAAAUAUAAAGAAAUUAAAAAACCAACUUUAGUAAAGACAAUUAUGUAAGGAUUCUUAUAGAAUGAGAAAGUUGUCCAUUCAUUUUAUGGUAAAUGUGAAAUAGUUCCUCUUUACUUUAAAAAUACCCAUCCAAAACCCGAAUAAUUCACUGUAAAUAUAGAGGAUCCAGAAAGUAGAAUGUUAGAGUAUUAAGAAUUCUUCUUAAUCGGUAAUCCAGCUGAAUGGAAAUAUUGGGUUUCUAAUAAUAAAUACCCAGAACCUGAAAAUUACGAUUUAAUUAGAAUGAAAGAGAAUUAAGGAAAAACUUAAUAUUAUUUUAUUUUAGAUCCUAAUCAGGAAGUUACUUUGUUAUUUAAGUUUAUAAGUUUUAGGUAAUAUGAUUAUAGAGUUGAUGAUCAUGAGAGGACUCCUGAAUAUAUUAAAAAAUACAUGCAAUCUCGUCACAUAACAAUUUUAUUAUAAUAAGAUGGUAAGAUGAUGGAUGGAUUACGUAUAAUUGUUGAGCCUCAUUAAUAGCCAAUAGAUCAUGUGCUUAGGUUUUAUGAAAGAGAAAAUCGUUAAACUAGACUUAUAAUACCUAGAUUAUUCAACUAACCCUUACAACAAUAGCCUCAUGUACAUAUCACUGAUCCUGAUGUCAUGAUUGAAUGGUCAUCUGAUUUCAAUUCAAUAAGACUGAAUCUUAGGAUAGGAGAACCAUAAAGUGUUAAGAUCUUCAAUAUCCUUUUGUAUUAGGAUCAAUAUCAACAUAAAAUAAUAGCCAAUUGGAAGAUAGAAGUUUAUAGUUUAACAACCAUAGACAUUGAAGUUCCAUUGGGUUAAAGAGUAUGCACUAAAAUAACAUUUCCGUGUGAUAUUACUCGUAUUAUCAAAAUGACCUCAUCCAAUAAAAUGAUAACUUUUGUUAAACCUUUUGAUUCUGAAAUUACAAUGUUACCUGGUAAAAUAAAUUUAGUUCCCAUUAAUAUUUAGGCUCUGUAGGAUGGAAAACAUCUAAUUAAAUUAAAUGGAGUAGACAUUCACUCUCAAGAACUAAUUUAUUCUUGGUUAGUGAAUGUCCAUGCUGAACCUUAACCCCCAAGUGCUACAUACGAUUUAAGGUGCAUUGAUGGAAGAGAAUCUCGUCAUUAAGUCAAUUACAAAAACUAAGUCAAUUAUACUGCCUAAUAUAAUAUCGUAUCUUCUAGUGAAUUUGUCAAAAUUAUUGAUACUAGUAUCUCUACAGGACCUAAUGAAAUUGUUUAAUUCAAGAUCCGAGUUUUGCCUGGCAGUGAAGAAUUAGUACGUAUCUUCAUAACUGACAUUGAUGAAAGGAUAUUUGACGUCAUUGUCCUCAAUAUCAAAUAUGUUUAUUGA